AUGUCCGAAUCUGACGAUUUCGAUGACCAGGAGCCGAAGACGCCAACGGUCACCAUCGCUUUCGAGUACAUUGAAGCUCAAGAAACGUUCAAUUUCUACAUCCGAAGAGUUUCACAUGCGCCAUUCACACCGUCAUUAUAUCCAAAGUAUUCCAAAGCAGUUAUGCACGUUGUCAAAGGACUCACAAGGAAGACGUGGAUGGGAAGGAAACGCUCAAUCACAUGGGAG